AUGCCUUAUCGGCAGUUCAAAGUCGCAAGGAAGCAGGCUACGCCCGCAAUUCACCGUCGACAGCUCAUAUCAGUAGAAAUAGAAUCGCAUGCAAAUCAUGAGGAAGGGGAGGCUGAAGCACAACUGCAACUUACGAAUCGAUCCGGACUAGAGCCCGAAGACAUGACGGGCGAACUCGAAAAUCCCCAGCCAAAAUCAGCACCUGCGAGAAAAGCCACAGAAGAGCGUUCUCGAAUCCAAACCCGUCAAAUGACCAGAAGUAAAGGAAAAGCUAAGGCGCAAGAUGCUCCAGAACCUCACAAUACUUCUCAGCAAAAGCGCAAGCGAGACCAAGAUAUUUUUGAUGUAUUCAUAACCUCAGAAGACGAGGCUGACGCGCAAGGUAAUGGCCAAUUGAAGUCCCCCAGGCGAGCAAGUAAACGACAAAAUACAAAUGGCACCUCGGAACAUAAAUCAAAGAUCAUACCAGCUAAAAGACCUAGGGGUCGCCCUCGCAAGAAGGUCAUUGAGGAGGAACCUAUUUUCGAAAAUGAACCUGAGGAGCGGGCUGAUGAUUCAGAUGCAGAUCUUGUUGACCCGGCAGAUAUCGGCAAGGCUGUUCCUACAAACGCGCAGCAAAUGAGAGAAGUUGACGAGGAAGACGACGAGGGAAACGAAGACAACGUUGAAGGCGAGGUCGAACAUGGCGAUGAUGACAACGAUGGACCCGAGGAUCAAAAUGAGGGUGAUGACGUAACCGGCUACCAGAUGUCCCCGGUUAAACCAAAUCGCCGUGUGUCUCGGGGACAACAUUUGAAGAGCGCGAAAAAUUCGAGGACGAUCAGCAGUAAUCAUGCAAAUGGCAUCCAUAACAAUGGGAGCAAUCAGUCAUCUUCCCGUUCAGGACGCAGAGAAGAGGCAGCUAGAAAAGCAGGAGAGAGGUCUGGAGAAGCUGCUGAUGUUGGAGAGGAACCCGAGGAGGAGGUUGAUGAUAGUACUGAUUACGAGGAAGAAGAGGAUGAACAAGAGCUCUCCCGAAAACUUGCUCUUUGGAGUGGGAUUAUCGACGUCCAUUUCUUUCUCAGUGUCAAAAGGAUCUCAAAACGCCUCGGCUGCCAAAAAAAUGUAGCUGGGAAUACAUGGGACACAGUAACUCCGGUGGCUCGCGGCGUUAAAACGAACUCGGGAAAGAUAUUGAAAAAAGCCUUAAAGAACCUUCGAGCACAUUAUCAAGAUCUUGAUCAUGCAAUGGACGAAGGGGACGAGACCAGUCAGAUCAAGGCCAAUUCAGACAUCAACCAAACCACUGAUUAUUUAAAUAGGAUGGUAGACAAUAUGUUACAGCCUCUUGCUGCAGAUAUUUCUGAUCAUUAUCAAAAUCGAAGACGUAAAUUUUUGACGGAUGUAUACAUUGUUCUCGUUCGUAAAUUUCUAACGGUCUUGAAAAUCGCUGUUCUUACAUAUGGCAAGUAUCACCGGUUGUCAGACGAGGGUUUAUUGGUGGUGAUCAAAAUCACUAAGGUAAUCCUUCGACUUUUUGAAAAUCUCGACAAACAGAAGAAGGAAUUACAGCCUAAAGAUUGCGGUCAGACGAAGCAGCCUAUAAACGCGCUUCGCCCUUUUUUGCGAGAUACCUUUUUGAAGAAUUGUCAGGGGGAGCUUGGGGAAAGGAAGCGAAUAGAAGAACGAGCGGAAGAACGAGCGAGAACCCAACAAAGUCAAAGUCAUCGCCAAGAAGAAGAUGCCAGACGGGAAGCUGAGGAAAGAGAGGAAGCACGAAGGAUUAGAGAAUAUAAUCAAGGUCUUCUAGCUGGCGUAUUGAACGAUCCGGAGAGAGGCCGUCAGAUCAAACUUCAUGUGAAGCAGAUUGAAAACUCAAGGCGCUCGCAAUCUGAAAAGGUUCAACUGGAGUUGGAUGCAAUCCGUGCCAAAAAGUCGGCUCCUAGACGACAAAUCACACGAGAGGAAGCCGCUGCUAUGGCGCGUAGAAACCAAAGAAACGUCAACUGGGAUGACCCAUUAUCAGAAGAUGAUGAACCUGGCCGAAACGCCAAAAGCAGUGGUAUCUUUUCGCAGUUUCAAAGAAAAAAUAAUACAGCUCCGGUACCGCCUAGCGCCCCCUCUCCCUCUCCUUCUCCCUCUCCCGAAUCAGAACCAGAGCCACCAGCACCUAUUGGCUUUAAAGAUAUUCCCGAUUCAGAAAAACAAAACUUCUAUGAUCAUUUCAAAGAAAAGUACAGAUUAGAACUGGAAACAGGCUUAGAAGAUGAAGAAUUCUGGGAUCGACUACAAAGAAAUCUAUGUGGUGGUAGCUAUACACUAGAUGAGAUAUUUGGCUUCGCAAAGGAAUUACAGGUGACCCUAGAUGAUGCACAUGAGAAUGGGAAGUUCCUAGGUGAUGAACAUUUAUGGACUCUUCAUGUUUGGGAGUGGGUGUAG